AUGCGGCGGCACCCAGCUCCACUCAUCCCUGGGGCUGAACCAGUGAGCAGCAGCAAGCAGCAGAAGCUGCAGGCUGACCUGUGCGUCGCAGCAGCAGCAGCAGGAGCAGCUGCUGCUGCAGCAAGUGAUGCAGAAACGCCUGCGGCUUCACCAGCAGCAGCAGCAGCAGCAGCAGCAGCGACGAAGCAGCUGCCGGUUGAGAACCUCUUCUUGGGGCCGUCCUUGCUUCCUGCCGAGGCAUGCAGCAGCAGCAGCAGCCCGAACAGCAGCACAGAGAAAGAUGUUUGCUUUCGCAUCAACAGCAGCAGCAGCAGCAGCAGCACAUUGGCCGACACCAAUGGCAGCAGCAGCUGCAGCAUGCUGCUCACAGGCAGCGGCACCGCAACCACCUGGGCGGGCAGCUGUUCUGGCGGCCUAGGGCAGAGCAGCAGCAUCAGCAGCAGCAGCAGCAACAGCAGCAAAGUUGACGACGACGGCAGCAUCGUCGAGUCUAGACGCUGCUGCCCCGCAGCAGCAGCAGAAGGAGCAGCAGCAGCAGCAGCAGCAACUGGAGACCGAGAAAGAAGGCAGCAGUGUUCCUAG